UUUGACACUUUGUUUUAAUAUAAUAGUUUUAAAAUUACGCCAUGUCUUCGUCAAUAGUUGAUUUAAAUCUCAAGUGUGAUUUAGCUUUGAUACAUCUCUCAUGAAGCAAAUUGUGAAAUGUCAUUUUCAAACGAAUACGCACUGUAACAUUCAUUUGAAUAGAAACCAUACAUCUAGUAUACCAUACAUUUAGCUAUAUUAUGAAGGCAUACAGCUAGUUAUAUACACUCUUUGUUAAGAAUUACUUACUAGCUGGAAGUCUCGUGGUAAAAAUUCACCGAUGGAAACUGCAGUAACCAAUAUCCAUUAAAAAGGUUGUCUUACAAACAACAAUCAGUUUCCAGUACUUUGAUAUCGGAAAUGGAAGAAAAUCAAACGCUAUUUUGUCACAAGGAAUCUUAAACAAGAUAACUAACACACUCAUAACAAAAAUUAAAAUUGAAGAAAACUAACCAAAAACCCAACCCAAUCCUGCGUUCUUUCUUUCCUUUCCAUUCCGAUAUGCUUGUAAAAAAACCUUACUUACUCAUAGUGCUGGCGUACAAAAUACAGCUAAUAUGUAUCCUCUUAUUAUGGAAUAAUAUUCCAUGGCUUUUUUCAAUUUUUUAGCGAUAAGAGGUGAGGCCUUCGCUUUUUUUGUCCUACGGAUUUCUUUAAGACUACAUACCCGCAUACGUAAAGAAAUUCUGAGAUCUCACAAUAAGCCCUAAGCAUGAAUAACUCUUGUAAUAAAGUUCUCCAAACUUCACCUUUCAGGGUUAUAAAUCAAUGAUUGAUUGUUAGCAAAUGACAUCAAUAAAUCGAAUCCUGUUAUUUUGACAUUGAGAAAAGUUACUAAUAUAAAAGAAGAAAAGAAAUAUAGAAAAGUCAAUCUUGAAAAGUUAACUGUAGUAUUUACAGAAAGUAGAAACUGCAAAGAUGAUGUGUCUCUUAUUUUAUGUAACUUGUUUACAAUUCGUUGUGGUGCAUACUGCUACGCUUCCACAUAAAAACCUUGAUGACGGUGUUACAAAAGGCUGCAGAGGUGCUGAUAACAAUCCUAAUGGAUACCCUGGUCAAAUCCCCACAAACACAAUAACAGGUUCCUGUAGAAAAUCUGAUCAAUAUGGCGGAUAUUAUUUUUUGAUCACAUGGGGUCAACCAAUUGAUGCAAAAACUAAACCAGCCAGCGGUUAUCAAGUAACAUUUGAUUAUGGUUCGUUCUCCUUUAUCUGUUUCCAAGUGAAAAACGACACAAAUCAGUUUAUUUUUACAAAGAAGAGAGGUUUCGUGGAAGGUCAAAUUUAUGAUUUAGCGAUUAUUCCUCGUCCCACACCAUACGCGCUUUCAACAAAGAUGGUCCGUAUCGGCAAAUGUCCAAGAUCGUCCAGCCUCGUUCCCAGCGCAUUUGGCCUUGUUGAUGAAGUUGAUAGCGGCGAAAAGUUGGCCACUCCGUAAUAACGGUUUAGGGACCACAAAACCCUGGCGACAUGGUUGAGGAUCGUCGACAUUUAGAAGUUGAUGGUGGCCGCCCACUCGCCACUUUCGCUAAACAAUGUUUUUGUUAAAACCUGUCCCAAUCAGAGUUUUCAAAAUGUUUCUAAAACGUCUGGGAAUCGGAAGUUUUGAAGGCUUUCGAAAGCCACUUUUUCAUAAUAAUCGAAUUUCGCAACCUCAUCAUCCCCAGGCUUGAUAGUCUUUAUUUGGACGGAAUUCGAACAAGGUCCUGGUCGGUCACGUGACAAAUUUGAUUGGAUGUAUGAUCAUGCAUAAUUUAAACGAUUGAUUUUCCUGCAAGUGAUAUCCCGCCAGUUAUCGAAUAAGAAGUGAGAUUGUAAAAAGACUGGAGAAAAGUUUGCGAAUUUUAGUCUAGUUUCAGUGCCGUUUUUUUAGGAGGGAAGAAAAAGGGGGUUUGAUUUUAAUUUUAAUGUCUCCGCGAGAAUAAAACACGCCGAGGGGGGUUUAAAGAUUAGCAACUCUUAGAUUUGUGGAAACGCAUUGAAAUUCAAUACAAUCUGUGAAACGCACACGUUUUAGGGA